AUGGCCUUACCUCAACUACCGCUUCGGGGUGGUUGGUUGAUGAGCUCCUUGAUCCUUCUACUGGUCGUCGUCUGCUCCAUGGAAAGCGGCCUCUACAUGUGGAAGGCCUUCAUGGCAAGCCAGGCAAGCCAAGGGAGAAUCCCCAUGUCCACCUACGAAGAUUUGGGCCGGGAGGCAUGGGGCCCCGUGGGUCAAAUCCUCACAGCUGUGGUCACCAACAUCUUUCUUUUCGGCGUCUACUCAGCUUACGCGGUCCUGAUUGGCAUGCAGCUUGAGAACAUCAGCCAUCAAGCCUUGGACAAACGCUUCUGGAUCCCGAUCCUCUAUCCCGUCUUCGUGUGCCUUGCACUCACCAGAGACCUCUCCAGCCUCUCGAGGUUGGUUCCUCUGGGCUUCUUAGCAGCCUGUGGGCUGGCGGCCGUCAUCAUCGGCAAGUCCAUCCUCGAUGCCCACCACUGGCAGGCCUGGGACCAGGAGCAGCGCCGAGACCUGCACUCGGCCUGGCCGGAGGAGUCCUGGAUGUCCCUGGGGAUCGUCCUGGCGACUUGCAUCGGUGCAGUCACCUACCAGCCCAUGGUCCCUGCCAUCCUGCAGGACAUGAAGCAGCCGGAGCAGUUUCCGCGCGCCAUGUUUGCAGCCAUCGCCACCUGCGGCAGCCUCUAUUUGACCGUGAUGCUCUGUGGCUACUACGGCUACGGCACCUUCAUCAGCCAGGACAUUGUGCAGUCCAUGACCUACUCGCCGGCUAACUUCAACGAAGCCUUCUCUGACCAGAAGGUGUGGGAGUGGACCGGCGAAAAGAGCCUUUGGGUGCCAGCGCUGGUCUCCAGCCUCGUGCUCGUAAACAUCGUCUUGAGCAGCUUGGCAUUGACCAGAUCGCACACGCUUUCAGGCAUGCCCAUCAUCAUGAUGGCCAUCUUCUACUCAGUUCAAGACUUCAAGAGCUUUGGCGAUCGCGUAAAGGCUGGCUCAUGCGCGAAUCGGGUCAUGCGCGUGAGCCUGGUCUCGAUUGCCAUCGUCACCGCCAUGUGCGUACCGCAGUUCACGUUAGUCUUCGGCUUCUUUUGCGCUGUGGCUGCCCCUGCCGUCUCCCUGGCAUUUCCACUUCUUUUCUCAGGCGGGCUUUGCGGGUUCAUUGUUUGGGCUGCAGUGAAGUUGUUUGUUGAGGGCUUGCAGGGACUGUCAGCCGGGAUUCGGGUAAAGUUGUCGGGGGGAUCUGCAACAUGUAACAUGUGCCGAUUGGUUUAG